AUGGAAAACAACUGCAGGAAGUCAUCCUCCUCGCCGUUGAAGCCGUGGAAGAAAGGUCCGACGAGGGGCAAAGGCGGUCCACAGAACUCCAUGUGCGAGUACCGAGGAGUUCGACAGAGGACAUGGGGGAAGUGGGUGGCUGAGAUCAGGGAGCCGAAGAAGAGGACUCGAAUCUGGUUGGGUUCUUUCACCACUGCUGAAGAAGCCGCCAUGGCGUACGAUGAGGCUGCGAGGAGGCUGUAUGGUCCUGAGGCUUAUCUCAACUUGCCUCAUCUCCAGCCUCCUUAUAUAAACCCUGCUGCCGCUGCCGCUGCUUUCAGUAGUCCUUUCGGAGGGAGGUUGAACCGGUUCAAAUGGCUUUCAUCCAGGAACUCGGCUUCGUUGUUCCCACCUCGUGGACUGCUCAACUUGCAUGCCCAGCCCAGUGUCCACGUCAUCCAGCAGAGGCUUCAGGAGCUGCAGAAGAAGAAGAGCAAUGCUGCUGCUGCUGCUGCUCCCUGCAGCAGCAGCAGCAACUCUUGUUCACAGAAACCUGAAGUUGGUUCUGCGAUGACUCAGAAACCGCAGGCGGAGAAAGAAGUAGUGGUGGUGGAGGAGAAGGGAACAGUGGAGAUGGUUGAGACAGAGAAAGUUAAGCCGCAGAUUGAUCUAAACGAGUUUCUUCAGCAACUGGGGAUUUUGAAAGAUGAGAGGCUGUGUGUUCCUAUGGACAAGGAAGAGUUCAGCUGUUAUGAUGUUUCUGGAGAUCAGCUUGACCAUUCAUCGUCAUCGUUCGAGGAAGACAAGGGUUUUAGUUACUGGGAUUCCUUCAUGUAUGAUUUGCAUGGCAUGGCAGAUCUUCAUAAUCAGGAUAUCGUGGCGGCGGCAAGUAGAGUCCAGCUCCAGCAGCUGGAUGUGGAAGAUGAUCAGUCAUUCUCAACUCACAUAUGGAAUUUCUAG